AUGCCGUCUUUUAGGACACUACAUCGAAUACGUCAACAGUUAUUUGGGGACGCGGUGCUUAUCGACGACGAGGCUGCGCUGGGGUCCGACUCAACAAAACCCGAGAAGAGGGUUAUUGGACAUGCAGCAACUGAGGAUCUGUCGCAUCGGUGGACAGUCGCCAAUACCAACAACGGCCUCGUCAAGCUCCCGACGGAACUCCAUAUGAUGAUUAUGGAGCAACUCACCUUUGGACAGGUUGAGUCUCUGCGACGGACGUGCCGGGCCCUCCGAGGCCGCAUUAGCAAGCCCGUUAUCCGCGAGGUGUUUCCAGGCAUCAAGUUUGAACUCUUGUCGACUUGCUACCGGUGCCUCUGCUACGACCCCCUCAGGGAUACGCUGAUCCGGGCCGACGAGUCGGACGCCCGGUAUCCCUUGGCCAGCGAGUGCCUCGACUGCGUCGCCGCGAGGGGAGGCUUCAUGGUCGGACGCAGGUACACCCUUGGGACGUGGGCGAGCGUCUGGGUGUGCCGGUACUGCGGGUAUCCCGUCACGUCCGGGGCAGCGUGGAACGAACCAGAGUUUCACCGCGCCUGCUACAGGAGGUUUCACUGGAUGCUCUUUUACUUUUUCCUCGUGGGGAUAGCGCAGGCUUUCGUGACGAUUAUAGGGUCGGCGCUGUGCUGGGGGUAUUAUAACAAGGAGAAGUUGGUUCUGGCGCCUACGAUUGUAAGUAGUCCUUAUGUCCGAGUACAAACUCUGGCGACGCCACCGACCGGGCCAGUCGCCGGUGCAACGGGUUCUGAGCAAGACUGCCGCCAUCUUGGUCUUUUGGACGUACCCGCAGAGCGUGGAGCAAAAGUAUCCGGGGAAAUGGUGGUUGACGAGGCGAGAGCUACAGCACGUCUGAUCCCCAACAAUACUAAGCGGAGAAAGAAAGAAACUGUCACAAAAUCCGGGGGUUGA